AUGGCGCCCUCGGGCCCGGGCAGCGUUAGGCGGCGGUGCCGGCGGGUGCUCUACUGGAUCCCGGUGGUGUUCAUCAGCCUUCUGCUCGGCUGGUCCUACUACGCCUACGCCAUCCAGCUGUGCAUAGUGUCCAUGGAAAACGUUGGGGAACAAGUUGUGUGCCUGAUUGCUUAUCAUCUACUUUUUGCAAUGUUUGUCUGGUCAUACUGGAAAACUAUCUUUACAUUACCAAUGAAUCCUUCAAAAGAAUUCCAUCUCUCUUAUGCAGAGAAAGAAUUGUUGGAGAGAGAGCCGAGAGGAGAAGCCCAUCAGGAAGUUCUUAGGCGAGCCGCCAAAGAUCUUCCCAUCUAUACCAGGACCAUGUCUGGAGCAAUCCGAUAUUGUGACAGAUGUCAACUCAUAAAACCAGACCGCUGCCAUCACUGUUCCGUCUGUGAUAAAUGUAUUUUGAAGAUGGACCAUCAUUGCCCGUGGGUGAACAAUUGUGUUGGAUUUUCAAAUUAUAAAUUUUUCCUCCUUUUCUUGGCUUAUUCUCUGCUCUACUGCCUUUUUAUUGCUGCUACGGACUUGCAGUAUUUUAUCAAAUUUUGGACAAAUGGCCUACCCGAUACUCAAGCCAAGUUCCAUAUUAUGUUUUUAUUCUUUGCUGCAGCUAUGUUUUCUGUCAGCUUGUCCUCUCUGUUUGGCUAUCAUUGUUGGCUAGUCAGCAAAAAUAAAUCUACAUUAGAGGCAUUUAGAAGUCCCGUAUUUCGACACGGAACAGAUAAGAAUGGAUUCAGCUUGGGUUUCAGUAAAAACAUGCGACAAGUUUUUGGUGAUGAAAAGAAGUACUGGUUGCUACCCAUUUUUUCAAGUCUAGGUGAUGGCUGCUCCUUUCCGACUUGCCUUGUUAAUCAGGAUCCUGAGCAAGCAUCUACUCCUGCGGGAUUGAAUUCGACAUCGAAAAAUUCUGAAAACCAUCCGUUUCCUGCAAAGCCAUUGCGAGAGUCCCAGAGCCACCUUCUCACUGAUUCUCAGUCUUGGACAGAGAGCAGCACAAACCCCGGAAAAGGCAAAGCUGGUAUGAGCAAUCCUGCAUUAACCAUGGAGAAUGAGACUUAACUCUUCAAACAAAAUAAAUUCAUACUUUAUGAAAGUUUCAGUGCUGUGUAGGUGGAAGGAAGAGGCUUCCCACAGGAAGGCACCAUUGGCCUGUUGCUCCCAUUUCCCUUUGGCUGGAUGUGCAGAAUAUGAAUUGGUUAGUUCUAAGCUGUUGCAUAAAAAACAUAACAUUUUUUAACCCAAUAUACAGAUUGUUUCAACUAACAUGAAUUCCUGUUAAAUAUUAGGAGUAAUUAAAGUUUAUGAAUCAAGGGCAGAAAUACCUUCUAUCAUAAAACCUUGGAAUAAAGUCAUGGGCUAAUUUUCACCCAAAUAUUUGGGUAGUGCAAUGUAUCCACAUAAAAAGCCCUUUAAUCAUCUGAUUUUCUGAUUCAGAAAAUUGAGCCUAUUAAGAUAUUGAAAGUUAAAAGAUUUCAAAUUACAGUAUAAUGACAGCUUUAUUAGUUACCUGGGAGGUGGAGGUAGCAUAUCAGACUUGUUCAUUCCCUCUCUUGUGACUCCAGCCCCAGACUGAGUGAACUAUAAUGACUAUGAAUUCAUUAUAAAUUUUAAGUGGCCUACAGUUGAAAAUUACCACCAUUUUUGUCAGAUUUCAGUCUAAUUCUAGCCUUUGUUCACUGCUGGAAAAGAAGUAUGAUCAUUGAAGCCUGAACUCACUGAUAAGUAACUAGCUAGCAAAUUUUUAUCACAAUACAUUAUAAAUUUAUCACAAUACAUACAUAAAUUUGUAUCACUAAUACA